AUGGCCCUUUUCGACUCCACUCCGCGAGUCUUUCUGGCUGCCACGGCUCUACGCCUGGUCCUGCUCCUCUACGGUGGAUGGCAAGACGCCAACUCCGCCGUGAAAUACACCGAUAUCGACUACAUGGUGUUCACGGAUGCAUCCCGCUUUGUCGCCAGGGGCCAGUCACCCUAUGCGCGUGACACCUAUCGCUAUACGCCGCUUCUGGCGUGGAUGCUCGUUCCAACUGCAUGGGGGGUAUCGGGGCCUCUGGCCUCGGCGGCUUUUGCAUUCGGCAAGAUCCUCUUUGCUCUUGCGGAUGUCUUGGCCGGAUGGCUCGUUGUUCAGCUCCUGUGCCGGAACUACCACUUCUCCACUGAGCGGGCGCUCCGUUAUGUCGCGGCUGCAUGGCUCUGGAACCCGAUGGUGGCGAACAUCAGCACCCGCGGCAGCUCCGAGGGCCUGCUCGGCGUGCUGGUUGCAGCGUUGCUCUGGGCUACUUUGACUAGAAGACCUGUGACGGCGGGAAUUAUCCUUGGAUUGGCUGUUCACUUCAAGAUCUACCCCUUUAUUUACGGAUCUUCGAUUCUCUGGUGGUGGGAUGCCCAGCGUGACGGUGCGCCUGCUCCGAAAGACUCCACGCUAAUCUCACGGGUGCUCGGUUUCAUCACCCCAUCGCGCGUGGUGCUGACUGUGUCUGCGCUUGUCACUUUUACUGCCUUAAAUGCGAUCAUGUACUUCCAGUACGGCAUGCCGUUCUUGCACCACACCUUCUUCCACCACCUAACGCGCAUUGAUCAUCGGCACAAUUUCUCCCCGUAUAGCACCCUGCUCUACCUUGCCUCUGCAGGCGGAGCAAACUAUCGCUUCGAAACACUUGCAUUCCUACCUCAACUUGUGCUUGCUGUCGUUGCUAUUCCAUUGGUUCUUGCGAAGAAGAGCCUGGCAACUGCCAUGCUUGCUCAGACCUUUGCUUUCGUUACUUUCAACAAAGUGUGCACCAGCCAGUACUUUCUGUGGUAUCUCAUUCUCCUCCCGUUUUACCUGCCUUCCUCUUCCCUUAUUCGCAAGCCCGCACUGGGCAUCUCGGCUGCCCUUCUCUGGGUUCUUGGUCAGGCUCUUUGGCUCUCACAGGGUUACAACCUGGAGUUUCUAGGUCUCUCUGCUUUUGUGCCGGGUCUGUUCCUGGCUUCGCUUUUCUUUUUUGGCGUCAAUGUCUGGAUCCUUGGCAUCAUCAUCCGCGAUGGAGGCGAGAGUGAAGAUGGGAAAACAGAAUUCAAGCCCGUGUAG